UCCCGGAUAAUCUUCACGCGGUUCAAAAUCCAACAUGGCUGAACGGGAGAUUACAAUCGGAGGAAGGCGACUUUCUCAAUUGAAAGUCGAUGAACUUAAAGUUGAGCUGGAAAAACGCGGCCUCAAGAAAAGUGGAAACAAAGGGGUUCUUAUUGAGAGGCUACAAGAGGCCAUUGACAAGGAAAUGGAAAUGAAAGAAGGGUUUGAGAGCUAUCCUGUUCCACAGCAAGCUCCUGCACGGGUGAGAGAGCCUUGGCCUCAUUCCAUGAUGCAGCAACAGCAACAACCUGGUGGUUUCCCUGUCCAGCCUAUGGGUAUUCCACAAGGAGUGAUAAAUCAGCAACAGGGAUUGUUGAAUCAACCUCGUGUUAUGAUGAACCAGCAGCAGAUGAUGAUGCACCAGCAACAGCAAAUAACCUCACCUGUUCAAGUGAAGGAAUUCAGAGAACAGUGGCCUCAAGCCCAAAUUCCACCACCCCAAAUGAUAUAUCAACAACCACGAGAACAACAAGCCUUGAAUCAAUUAUCUCCAAUGGCAGACAAGAAACCUUUAGCACAUGCUUUGAAUCAUCAAGUUCCUCAGCCUGUCGUUGAACCAGAGGUUGAGUCAUCAAGCUCAUCAGAUAAUGAGCAGGACUCUGCUCAACAGUCUUCAAGUUCAUCAAGCCAGGAAUCAGAUGAUCAUGAACAGGAACGACCCACAUCACUGUUGAACUAUAAUUAUUCCAAUGAUUCGAGGACUGAGGUAAAGGUUACCCCUGUAGUUGCAGAGGAAAGCAAAUCUAUCCCAGUUCAGAAUGUUGAGGAGCAGUCAAAGGAAUCUGUGUCUAUGGCUCCAAAAGAAGAAGAGAUGAUGAAAGAGGAAGAUAUGGUUGCUAAUGAGAGACCAGAGUUAGGACAAGAUGAAAAAGCAGAUGUUGAAAUGGAAGGAGAAAGGAAAGUUGCAGAACAAAAGGAGAUUGAUGUUAAAGAUGAUGAAAAGAAAGAGGUUGUUGAGGAACGUGAGGAUGGAGGGCAAAAUGAAGCUGUUGGUGAGGAAAAGGAAGGGGACGUGUCUAGUGAGUCUCUUAAGAAGAAAGCAGCAGUUUCACCACCAUCUCCUGCAGAAGAAAACACUUUUGAAGUUGAGCCAAGUGAAGAGGACAAAGCUGUUGUGGAGGAGCCAAAAAUUCCAUCACCACAGAAGCCUACCUCUCCAGUUGUAACCAAGAAAAGAAAAAUAAACAUACCAAGAACGUCUCUGCCUACCACUCCUACAUCUGAGGGUCAACCAGGGUCAAGGAAAAGGAGAUGGGGAUCAUCAACAUCAAGCAAGAAAACAUCUUUGUCCAUUAGCACUGAUUCACUUAAGGAUCUUAUUCCAGGAGUGCAAGUGCACACUACCCCUGCUCUGGAAGCAGUCAUGGAUAUAAGAGGUGAUGAUAAUGAUGAAGAAGAGGAGGAACCAGAAGAAAAGAGAAAGACUGAACAGAAAACUGAGGAGGAGAAAGAAGAAAUAUCAGCAGAAACAAUACCAGAAGUGAAAGACGAGGGAAGGAGAAGAAAAGACAGAAUUGUGAAGGUGGAAGAGAAGAAGACUAUCAAGCUUCAAAGGAAGCUUGUUGUCAUGGAAACUGAACCGGAAGGAUUAAAAAUGGAGGUUGAGGAAGAGCCUUCAGAGCACAAACCGGAAGAUAAUCCAUAUCCGAGGGGGUUGUCAGCCCCAGUCCAAGAGGAAUCCCCACUAGCAGCAGGGAAGCGUUCCCCGUCGCCCGCUAAAAAUCCCCGGUGUAAGACACUUCAUGUCAAGAACCUCGUGCGACCUUUCACACAGAACCAGCUCAAAGACCUGCUUGGCAAACAUGGAACCUUGGUGGAGAAUGGAUUUUGGAUCGAUAGGAUAAAGUCACAUUGCUACGUUGUGUACACUGAUGAGGAUGAUGCAGUGGCCACCAGACAAGCCCUGCAUGGUAUCAAGUGGCCGGCAACAAGUCCAAAAAUCCUUGAUGUUGAUUACGCUGAUGAGGAUGAGAUGGCGCGAGAUACAGAAGGUUUUCUCGGUCGCAAGAAGGAAAAAGAACGAGAAGCGAAUGCGGAGAAGGAUGAAAUAAAAGAACCUUCAGUCGAAGAAGAAAAGCCGAUGGAAACAGAAGAAAAAGAAGAAGAAGAAGAAGAAGAUCUGAAGAACGCUGGUAACCUGCUAGAUAAUCUGUUCAAAAAAACGAAGACCAUACCCUGCUUGUACUGGCUGCCACUGACAGAUGAACAGAUCGCGACAAGAGAACGGGAAAGAGAGGAAAGACGGAAAGCUAGACAGGAAGAAAGAGACAAAGAGGAACAAGAACGCAAAGAAAGACAGCAACAACGAGAGAAAGAGCGGGAAUUGGAGCGUGAGAAAGACAAACGGGAACGGGACACUGCAGAGAAACAGCGCUCACGAUCCCCAAGAAAUCGACGGCGAGAACGAAGCAAAAGCCGAAGUAGAAGUCGGGGACCGAGGCGGCGAUGAGUUGACAGUCCGACCUAUUAUACCUACGUUGAAUAGAUAGUUUUAAGUUGGUUUUGUUUUUGAUCCAUCUAAGGGUCGACUUCAGGUCUCUCUUUAAAAAUUAACCACUAAGUUAAUUUUACUUGGCACAUUAGUACUCGAGAAAGGCCUGUUUAUGGCAGCUCUUAGUAUUUCAUCCCGAUAUCAAGCGACUAUGGGGAAGCUUUUCCUUACAUCUGUUGCUUCUAUUCAUUCAACAGUUGACGUUAAUAGCUUUUUACGAACCAUAGUGAUUGGUUGAGUCAUGCUGUCAUUUUAGUCACGUGACCGUGGUUUCGUCCGUCUUCAAAAAUACUGUUUAUUUUUUAACGGUUUUUAGGAAGGAUUAGUGAGAGUUUCUUUUCUCCUCUUCAGGAAUUUGCCACAAUAUUUCUUGAUAUCGUAGACAGAUUCAACGCUUUCUGUUUUUAAGUACUCAUACACUGAAUUCUUUCUGUAGAUGUUUUCUGCCCACGAGGCAUUUAGUUCUUUCUGUUUGGAAGGAACAAGUGAAAUGGGAGAAGUGUUUCCUUGCGUAAGUGACUGAUCAUUCAUAUUGUCUCAAGGUCACAAAUAAAUUCGGAGAUUUUGUAGUGAUUUGCUUUGUUUGUUUGUUUUUUUUUUAUUUUGUUUUCGCAACACAUUCUACUUCCGGGAAGUAAGUGAUAUUACUACCUUGCUCUUAAUCUGCAAGAUAUUAUGUGAGAUUUAUGGAAAACUCGUGAAUAAACUAAACUGUGAAUAUUA